CAGCUGCCAUUCUCGGGAUGGCAAUGACAUCAAUACAGGAUGAAAUAUUCAACAGCGUCCUCUCGGGAGACGUGGAAGACUUACAGCAGGUUCUGGAAAGUUAUGACCCUACCGAAGAGCCCGAGGAGACCAAUUUGUUUGGAAAAGUGGACGAGAUGGGAAGAAAUGCCCUUUUGGUCGCUUCCAUGCUGGGAAAGAGCAGCGUUGUCCGUGAACUGGUGAAACAAGGCGCCAAGAUGGACGAGCAAACCGUCAGAGGGUAUACGUCACUGCAUCUUGCUGCUUGUUGGGGCCAUCUGGACACAGUUAAGACCCUGCUUGAACUAGGCGCCGACUUAAAGGCCAAGACCUUCAGAGAGGAGACGCCUCUGGACCUGGCCAAGAGAUACUCCCAGACAGAUUGCAUUGAUCAUCUCACACAGAGUGAAAAGGAACUGGAUGCUCUCAUCGCUGCCGCAAAUGAACCUCCUGCAGGCACAACUGAGACAACAAGUCGCUCGACCCCAAGAUCAAAGAGUCGGAAAGGCUCAGCUAAACGCUAAUUUUGAGAACAUUAAUUAUAAACACUGAAAUAUAUUGGCAUCUAUCCUUCAGCGUUCUAUACCCACUUGUCCCUGCAUAGUCACAGUGGGAGCUCCUGGCUCCAGUGGUCAGAGGGUAAGAGGUGGUGUACACCCUGCACAGGCUGUCAGACCAUCACAGAGCAUUAGAAUUAUUAAUAUAGAAACAAGAUUUCUACUAAAAUAUUUGUUUUGAACACAAUUCUAAAACAGAAAAGAAAAAUGUGAUUACAUUUAGAGUGCAUUUAUCCAUAUUCAAGUUCGUCCCAUGUUGUGACAAUUUACCCACAAACCUUGUUGUACUUAAAAAUACAUAUGG